GGGCCGUGCGGUUAUGAGGCUUGGCGGCCGCGGCUGGCUCGAGCUUCUCCCGCAGUGGCGCUACCAUCUCCGGCACCUCAGCUUUGCCAGCACUUGGAGUGGCUGUAAGGGCCUGAUGGCGGAAACCCUCUCGACUCCGGUUGAGGCAGCAGGCGAGCUGAGAGAUCCGGCUCAGCAGAACGGAGACGCUGGUGGCGAGGCGAAGGGUGAGGGCCUCCCAGGGAACCGGGAGCCGGCGGGUCCGGGAAUGGAGCGGACCCAAGGAGACAGGGAGCAGGCUUCGGCUGCAGCCCGGGGCCCAGGCAAGCGGAAGAAGCGGCGGGUCGCAGCCGGGGAGCGCGUCGUGCCGCCCCCGAAGAAGCGCCGCUCUGGGGUGAGCUUCGGGGAUGAGCACUUUGCAGAGACCAGCUACUAUUUCGAGGACGGCCUUCGCAAGGUGCGGCCCUAUUACUUUGACUUCCGGACCUACUGCAAAGGCCGUUGGGUGGGCCACAGCUUGCUGCACGUCUUCAACACCGAGUUCCGAGCCCAGCCCCUGGCUUACUACAAGGCCGCCGUCCGGGCGGGCCGCCUGCACCUCAACGAGGAGCCGGUACAAGACCUCAGCAUCGUGCUCAAGGACAAUGAUUUCUUGCGGAACACAGUGCACAGGCAUGAGCCGCCAGUCACAGCAGAGCCUAUUCGCCUGCUAGCUGAGAACGAAGACGUGGUGGUUGUAGACAAGCCUUCCUCCAUUCCUGUCCACCCAUGUGGCCGCUUCCGACACAACACAGUCAUAUUCAUCCUGGGCAAGGAGCACCAACUCAAGGAGCUACACCCACUGCAUCGGCUUGAUCGCCUUACCUCUGGGGUACUCAUGUUCGCCAAGACAGCUGCAGUCUCUGAGAGAAUUCACGAGCAGGUUCGGGACCGGCAGCUGGAGAAGGAAUACGUGUGCCGGGUAGAAGGGGAGUUCCCCACCAAAGAAGUGACCUGCAAGGAACCCAUCUUAGUGGUGUCUUACAAGGUCGGGGUGUGCCGUGUAGAUCCCCGGGGCAAGUCCUGUGAGACAGUGUUCCAGAGGCUAAGCUACAAUGGACACUCCAGUGUUGUACGGUGCCGGCCACUCACAGGACGUACCCACCAGAUCCGAGUCCACCUCCAGUUCCUGGGCCACCCCAUUCUCAAUGACCCCAUCUACAACUCAGUUGCCUGGGGUCCUUCCCGAGGCCGGGGCGGCCACAUUCCCAAGACAGAUGAGGAACUGCUGCGGGACCUGAUGGCAGAGCACCAGGCCAAACAGAGCCUGGAUGUGCUAGAUCUCUGUGAGGGUGACCUGUCCCCAGGACUCGCAGACUCUACAGCCACCUCCUCAGAGAUGGGCAAGGACAGCCUGGAAGAGUUAGCUGCAGCUGCCCUGAAGAGGGAAGGAGUAGUUAAGGCAGCCUCUCAGGAUCUGGACACAAUGGCCUUGGCACCAGGGAAGGCAGCUGAAACAGAUGUUAUGAAUCAAGAGACAGAUCCACUCUGUGCAGAGUGCCAGCUGGUACGACACGAUCCCUUGCCCCAGGACCUUGUGAUGUUCCUACAUGCCCUACGCUAUAAAGGGCCAGGCUUUGAGUACUUUUCACCCAUGCCUGCCUGGGCACAGGAUAACUGGCAAGAAGACUGAGGGCUGUGGCCAGUGGGGGGACUGCUUCUUGGAUUGGGACAGGGAUAGGCCACAGGGCAGAAGCUGACCCCAUGGGCUGGUGCUUUGGGUUUCUACAGGAGUGAAGUUGGGCUCUAAAGGGACUUGCUCAUACUCACUACCUCCUUCCUUCCUCUCCCUCCAGCUAGAGUUUGGAAACUUUUAGUUUAUAAAUAUAUCUCUUUUUAUAA